UGUUCUCUGUUCCUUCAUGGCUUUCUUUACCUUGCUUCCUAUGUCUGCAAUGCUUUCACUUACCUUUUUCCUUCUCCUCUCAGAUCCUGAGGGAGACAGCCCAGGACCCUGAGCCCAAAAGCUUUGGAAAUAGCAGUGCUUCUAGCUCAGCCCCCAGUUCCAUCAUUGAGGGAAGAAAUCAUUGUGGAAACAGGCCCCACCUUUCUCAACACCACCACCAACUGCUACCCAUCGGGAAGAUAUAUAAGCACAGGAGCCCUGAGAGUGGUAGCACCCCCAGUCCAACAACCAGACCAUCAGUCCUGCUUCCAGACAAGUCCUCACAGCCAUCACCUGGGGAGGCAAUUCAUCUAGAGACAGGGCCAGCCCUCCCCACCAACUGCUACCCACAGUGCAGAAAAGCCAGCCCACUCCUCUUAGCCGAGCUUGGAGAAGUGCCGCCUCCUUUUUCUCUUCUGCCGCUUUCGAGUUUGCACUCGGUUUCCUCAGCGCCGACAUGCAGAACGACGCUGGCGAGUUCGUGGACCUGUACGUGCCGCGGAAAUGCUCCGCGAGCAACAGGAUCAUCGGGGCCAAGGACCACGCGUCCAUCCAGAUGAACGUGGCCGAGGUUGACAAGGUCACAGGCAGAUUCAAUGGCCAAUUUAAAAUUUAUGCAAUUUGUGGAGCAAUUCGUAGAAUGGGAGAAUCUGAUGACUCUAUUCUCCGGCUGGCAAAUGAUGGUAUUGUUUCAAAGAAUUUCUAAUUGAAGAAACCUUGUGGAAUAUGUCUUAAUAAAUCAGAAAAACGGCAAAAAAAGAAAAGAAAAGCCAGCCCAGCUGAAGCAGCAAACCACCCCCCCCCCCAGACUGAAGGCAGCAUGUGCCAAGUCACUUGAAACACCGCACUCUGACCACCAACUCCCUCAGAUCUUCAUGGGGACGGUCCAGCACCCUGGACCCAAGAGCCCUGAGAAUGCCAGUGCUUCUUCCAGCCCAGCGUCCUCAGUCAUCCUGAAAAAUGACCCUUGUGUGGAUGCAGCCUGGUAA